ACCAUACUGCCGAGGUUCAUUUCAUGGGUAUUUGGAAAGGCUGGGUGAGGGAGUGAGUGAGCGAAAGGUGGAGAGUGCUAGGCUUUAAGGUUCACACUCUUUUUAGGCUGGCGGCUGACCUAAGCGUGCGCCCCCCGACAAGAACGAUUUCGACCGUGCGGAGGCUAGUGAAAGCGACUGGAAUGAGAGAAGAAUCAAGUGAGAGCUGAUUUAGGAGUAAAGGAACGACAAGCAGAGGCACCGCGGCGGUAGACACCAGCCAGACAACCGUUAGCUACGGACGGAGAGAGAGAGAAAAGGAAAAAAUUAAAAGGGGGACGGUUUGACAUUUGUGUAAAGCGCACAGAGUAACCAAAUUGUGGAAACCUUAGUACACCGGGUAUGGCAGACGCAGACGUCGACUUCCAGACAGGCGAUGCCGGGGCAUCCGCCACCUUCCCCCAGCAGUGCUCGGCGCUGCGCAAGAACGGCUUCGUGGUGCUGAAAGGACGACCCUGCAAGAUCGUGGAGAUGUCCACCUCUAAGACCGGAAAACACGGCCACGCUAAGGUCCACAUGGUUGGUAUUGACAUCUUCAACGGCAAGAAGUAUGAAGAUAUCUGUCCCUCCACCCACAACAUGGACGUCCCCAACAUCAAGAGACUGGACUACCAGUUGAUUGGGAUCACAGAUGGUUACCUGUCUCUGCUCCAGGACAGUGGUGAGGUGAGAGAGGACCUAAAGAUGCCAGAGGGAGACAUGGGCAAAGAGAUCGAAACCAAGUAUGACGCUGGAGAGGAGAUUCUGAUCACUGUUCUGUCUGCAAUGAACGAGGAGGCUGCAGUUGCCAUCAAGGCCAUGGCUAAAUAAGACACUACAGGGGUUAACAAGAUGCACUGGAUCUGAAAAAGGAGGGAAUACGGCCAUGUCAAUGCUAUUCUCUCUUUUUCUUUUUUUUCUUUUUCGUCAACUCUCUCCCUCUCUGUACUUUCUCACCCUUCUCUGGGUAAAAUUGGAAACUAAUUUCAAUAAAUAAUUGGGAAUGGCAAA